CGACCCUAGCGAGGCUGCUGGGGCGGCGGCGGCGGCGGGCGUCGUCCGUGAGGAUGCUGUCCCGCAAGAAAACCAAAAACGAGGUGUCCAAGCCGGCCGAGGUGCAGGGCAAGUACGUGAAGAAGGAGACGUCGCCCCUGCUGCGGAAUCUCAUGCCUUCAUUCAUUCGGCAUGGUCCAACAAUUCCAAGACGGACUGAUAUCUGUCUUCCAGACUCAAGCUCUAAUGCUUUCUCAGCUUCUGGAGAUGGAGUAGUUUCUAGAAACCAGAGUUUUCUGAGAACUCCAAUUCAAAGGACGCCUCACGAAGUAAUGAGAAGAGAAAGCAACAGACUGUCUGCACCUUCUUCUUACCUUGUCAGGAGCCUAGCAGAUGUUCCUGGAGAGUAUGGCUCAUCACAGUCAUUUUUAACAGAAGUUAAUUUUGCUGUUGAAAAUGGAGACUCUGGUUCCCGAUACUUUUAUUCAGAUAAUUUUUUUGAUGGUCAGAGAAGGCGGCCACUUGGAGAUCGUGCACAAGAAGACUACAGAUAUUAUGAAUACAACCAUGAACUCUUCCAAAGAAUGACACAGAAUCAGGGGAGGCACACUUCAGGUAUUGGGAGAGUUGCUGCUACAUCUCUAGGUAAUUUAACUAACCAUGGAUCUGAAGAUUUACCCCUUCCCCCUGGCUGGUCUGUGGACUGGACAAUGAGAGGGAGAAAAUACUACAUAGAUCAUAACACAAACACAACUCAUUGGAGUCAUCCUCUUGAACGAGAAGGACUUCCUCCUGGAUGGGAACGAGUAGAGUCCUCAGAAUUUGGAACCUAUUAUGUGGAUCACACAAAUAAAAGGGCUCAGUACAGGCACCCCUGUGCUCCCAGUGUACCUCGCUAUGAUCAGCCUCCUCCCAUCACAUACCAGCCACAGCAAACUGAAAGAAAUCAGUCCCUCCUGGUGCCUGCAAAUCCUUAUCAUACUGCAGAAAUCCCUGACUGGCUUCAGGUUUACGCCCGAGCCCCUGUGAAAUAUGACCACAUUUUGAAGUGGGAGCUCUUCCAGCUGGCUGACCUGGACACCUACCAGGGAAUGUUGAAAUUGCUUUUCAUGAAGGAACUGGAGCAGAUUGUUAAGAUGUACGAGGCCUACAGACAGGCUCUUCUCACUGAGUUGGAAAACCGCAAGCAGAGACAGCAGUGGUAUGCCCAGCAACAUGGCAAGAAGUUUUUAAGUUAACUUUAUCACAAUCCAAGUUUUGUAAGAGCUUUAGUUUCGGAUAAAUGACUGCAAACAAAUACUUUGGUUAAUAAAGGCAACUUACUAUUUGGAAUUACAAAAUUAUAGUUUUACAUAUAUUUUGUUACCAAAUUUUUCUUUUAUUGAACCAAAAAUUUUUAUCAUUUAAAGAGCCAGUAAGGCAUAUGCUUCCAAAUGCUGUAUAUUAAGAAACUGCUUUGAAUGUUCUUGAUGAAAGGAGUACAGGAAGAGAACGUCAUCAUACCCAGGCAUUGAGGAAUCAAUCACUCUUUCUUCUUAUGGAAUACACCCUUCUUGUUCAGAAAAAAGGAAGAGGGCAAGAGCACAUUCUUGAAAAAUUGCUUAUUGUGGUGUGAAGUACUUUGUAGUACAGAUGAUAAAAACCCAGAGACAGAUACUGGGGUGAAAACUGAAGAUCAGAGAAGCAAAGCAGCCAGUCAAUAGAAAGUUCUUACCUCUACCAGUGCUCAGACUGAAAGGGUGAUCCUGUCUUCAGACUGCACUGUUUCCCCAGACUGACUGAGUGCAUUGAGCUCUGUGGUGUCUCUUCUUGCCUUACGUUCCUCUCUAGUGCUGGGAUUAACGGCAUGCUACUCCAAGUGCUGGGAUCACCUUUGUGUGAGCUCUGUUUCUCUUUUGACUGGAUCAAUUUCCUGUAGCUUAGGGUGGCCUUGAACUGACAAGAGAUCCAUCUGCCUCUGUCUCCCUAGUGCUGAGAUUAAAGGUGUGUGCCAUCACUGCCUGGCUUUUAUGGCUAACUAGUGUGGCUAGCUUUGCACUCUGAUCUUCAGGCAAGCUUUAUUUGUUAGAUCAUAAACAAAAUAUCACCACAUUUCUGGAAUAAGGUGGAUUGACCAUUACUAUGGUGUAGUUCAAAGUACAAAAUAGGACUCAGACCUUUAUUGUGAUGAACUUGUAUGUGAUGUACGUGGUCAUCUACUCCUCCGCUUCCUAAUAUAAGCAGGGCAAUAGAACCUUUCAGCAAUACCUUUAAACAAGGCCUUAGCCUGUAUGGGGAAGGUGUGUGCAACUGUUGUUGAUACUGCUUCCUUACUUUGAGCCAGAGCAUACAACUCCUGUUAAUGAGGCUCUGGUGAGACACAACACAAGCUCUCUGACCACAUAGCACACUGCCUUCCACCAGGCUGGGCUAAGUUGCCAGAAAUGACAAUCAGGGAUCCAGUAAGAUCUUGGUCACUUGUAUCUUAGAGAAGUAUUUGUCAUAAAGGUUGAAAAACUGAUCAUUCCUCCCCAUUUUUCUUGCUUUUGACUUAAUAGUUGCUCAUAAUUAAUACCAAACACUUGAUUAAGAUAAAGUUAUGGAACUUCCAGCUGUAAAUCUAGAAUUCUGUGAGUCUCAUCACUCUUCAGCUAUGCUUACAAGUGUUGUGAAUAUGUAUAUAUUUUAGUUUUCCUAAAUACAAGCACUCCCUGCUAGAAGUGAGUUUGAAUUAUUGAUUAAAUUUUGUGUUUGAUUUUAUAUUACAAGUUAUUAAAUAUAUUUUUGUGGAAA